AUGUAUAGAUAUUUUUGUGUAAUUUUAUACACGUUUUGUGUUGUAAUAGACGCUACAUAUGGAGUAGAGGUACCCAUAUUCAAACUAUUGGAUGGUAGGGAUAUACCGGCCAUAGCGCUGGGGACGUGGCUUGGUAAUAAUACACAGGGACGGGUGAAACCUGAAGGUACGGAAGUAGAGGAGGCUGUGAAAUGGGCGAUCGAUGCCGGCUACCGUCACAUAGAUACAGCCUUCGUGUACAAAGUAGAGGACCAAGUCGGGAGAGCAGUCAAUGCAAAGUUGGAUGAGGGAGUCAAAAGAGAAGAUUUAUUUAUAACAACUAAGCUGUGGAACGAUGCUCACGCCGAAGAUGCAGUGGUGCCGGCACUCCGGGAGUCACUGCGGAAACUCAACUUGGAUUAUGUGGACUUGUAUCUGAUACAUUGGCCUGUUGGACAGUUUAGUAACCUGACAUACGAUGAUACAGACUACGUAGAAACUUGGAGAGGAAUGGUGGAAGCUAAGAAGCUGGGAUUGACAAAGUCCAUAGGGAUAUCGAACUUCAAUCAGAAACAAAUUGAUAGAGUUAUUGCAUCCGGUCUAGAAACACCUUCGGUCUUACAAGUGGAGAUCAACCUAAACCUACAGCAGCCGGAUCUGUUGGCCUACUGUAAAAAUAAGAGCAUCGUAGUGAUGGGGUACACACCAUUCGGUUCCAUAUUUCCAAGUAAAGCCAGGAGCGAAGCGCCACCUCCCAGGGUGGAGGAUCCAGCUCUCGUGGACAUCGCCAAGAAAUAUGGGAAGAUUGUUCCACAAGUCGUGCUGAGAUAUUUGUUCGAACUCGGAGUGAUUCCCAUACCUAAAUCAUUGACAAAAUUACGCAUUGAACAGAACCUGCAAGUUUUCGACUUCCAGCUCUCACAAGAGGAUCAUCAAGUGCUGCAGAGUUAUGACCAGGGUUACAGAACAAUUCCGCAACUGAAGUGGCUGGAGCAUCCAUAUUAUCCGUUUAAAAAGAAUUAAUAAUAAUUUAUUUGCUCAAAAACACAGUACAAAAGGUGAUAA